AUGAAAGUUGCACCUCUGAACUCAUGCAAGAAAUCAUCAACAAUGAGACAAGUUUGUCUUCAUUGUGGAAGUGUAAUCUGUACCAAUCCAAUUUGUUGUCCAAAUGAACUUACGAUCCACACUCAAUUAUGUCAAAGUAGUAUAGGUCUCUUCAUUAAAGUUGGAAUACCAGAGGUAUCGUUAUACUUGCUCCAAUAUGAGAUCAAGAAAUACAAUGUCUAUCAUUGUUUGAAAGGUGAAUCCAACUCUACUGACUCAAGUGUACUCAAUGCAGAAGUACUUAGAGAACUCUACAUCUCAUGGUUAAGUGGUGAACUUCAUCAAAAUUGUUUGAAUUUAAUUGCUGGUGCACGUGAGGAUCAAUAA